CAAUGCCUAAAAGCUGCUGUGUGACAGGUUGUGAAAUAAUCCUUUGACAUGGUUAAAAAUAAUGGGGUUUUUUUGUUUGUUUGUUUGUUUUUAGCAUAUCCUGUCGCCGAUUACGUUCCCCUCCAGUGGGCGUAGUUCUCAGAGUAAUAUGACACACUGCGCUCCGUCUCAAUUGCCUGUAUCCACUUUUGUGUCCUUAAAUGCUCUUUUUUUUUUUUUUUUUUUUUUUUUGGUCAACAGCCUAUAAAAACUUAGUUCUGCGCUUUUUUAGCUUGUUUGCUGUACACCCUGUCACAUAGCAGCUUUUAGACAUUGUUCUGUUUUUUGUUAUAAGUCAGAAAUGACAAGGAGGCAGCUUCAUGCAGUACAAAUUCAAUGGAGAGGGUUGGAUUGUUUUCCCCGGGUGGGCGUGGUUUUCAGAUUAUGACGCGUGUCGCUCUGUCCCUGCCCACGCCCCUCAUGUAAUAUGUAAAUUAAAAGGGCGUGUCUUAAAGACGGUAUCCAAUGCGACUGUUACUGGAGGGCGGAUCAGACAUGUCUUCCUCUCCUCCCGUUUUCCUUUAGUUGGUGUGCUGCUGUGCUCAGAUUGGGCUGAAACCUGAGUCUCUACGGCAAGUUGAGACCAAUAACCAGCCCAUUUGAUCACCAGCGGAUAGAACGAGGGCAGCUGUGAGUUCAUAAAAUGUGUACUGGUCACUGCGCUUUAUCCGGCCGCGAGUAUGGCCUAUUAUUUUUGUGACAUUAGAUAAAGGGAGUGCACCUUGCGUCCGAGAGCAUGGAGGUGACGUAUGCUGCUUUACAGCAUCUGCAGUUUGAUGCGUAGAAACAUUUCUCACGGAUAAAAAUGGAUUUAUCACGUCGUUUUCAAGACCCGGUUCUCAACCCGAUAUUGUUCAAUGAAUCCGCUGCGCCUCUCGCUAUGAAUGAAGCGUGUGAGAUUGGGAGCGGGUCCGGCGCCAUGGCAACCAGCGCGUUGAGAAACGACUUGGGCUCCAACAUUCAUGUGUUAAAAACACUUAAUCUCCGCUUCCGCUGCUUCCUUUCCAAAGUCCACGAAUUAGAGCGCAGAAAUAAGUUAUUGGAGAUCCAGCUGCAGCACGCCCAGGAGCAAUCCCGGUACCGACUGCUGUUUUCACGGGAGAAAGCGGUCCAGACGAACUUCGAGCUGCCUUAUUCAAACACACUGUGUCAAUCGAGACUCCCCGGUCAAAUCUGGAGUUUCUCACACACCGCCCGAUACGGAGGACGGUACGAGACUCCUCAGGGGCCUGGAGUGUCCUGGACUCAGCCAGACGGUGUCGGGGUUCAGACUGACACCAUCACACCUGAACUCAGGGCCUUGUACAAUGUUUUGGCCAAAGUCAAGCGCGACAGAGACGAGUACAGAAGAAAAUGGGAGGAGGAGGUGUCCAAACGUGAGCAAAUGGAGUCUUUGGUGGAGACCUUACAAGAGAGUGUCCAGUCGUCUGAAGCUGUGCAAGGAGAACUGAGUGAAAAGAUGGAACGUCUUAGAACAGAGCUGGUGGUCUUCAAGAGCCUCAUGCCUCAUGAUGACGUGUCUGACUUGGACACUAAAAUCCAGGAGAAAGCCAUGAAGGUUGAUAUGGACAUCUGCAGACGCAUCGACAUUACAGCCAAGCUGUGUGACGUGGCACAGCAGAGGAACUCAGAAGACAUGAGCAAGAUAUUGCACGGCAGCCCAUCCAGAGCUCCUCCCGAACAGAAAGGGGGGAUGACAGUGUGUAGGAGGAAGGAGUAUAAGGGUGAGUCAGAGGAGCAGAGAAUGGAGACUGAUGUUGAUUCUGCUCACUGUGAGGACAUGCCUGGUUCUCUCAAUAUCACAGAUGAGAUGAAGAGGAUGCUCAACCAGCUGCGGGAAACGUUCGAGUUUGACGAUGACUGUGAUAGUCUGGCGUGGGAGGAGACGGAGGAGACUCUUUUGCUCUGGGAGGAUUUCAGUAACUACAACAGUGUGAACCUCACCACCACCGCCGCUGCUGGCACAGUCAACACAGUGUCCUGCACAUCUGACACUCACGGAGAGACCCACGAGCAGGAUCGAAGUCUAGGUAGCCUCAUAAAUGAAACAGAGUCCCUCUUUAAGACCAGAGAGCAGGAGUACCAGGACACCAUCGGACAGAUUGAGCUGGAACUGGCCACGGCUAAGAAUGACAUGAACAGACACCUUCAUGAGUACAUGGAGAUGUGCAGUAUGAAGAGAGGGCUAGACGUACAGAUGGAGACCUGCCGGAGGCUCAUCCAAAGCACAGCCACCACUGGCAGACAAUCACCCUCCUUCAGCUCUGUGGCCAGCAGUGAUUCAGGAAACACUGAUGACAUCCAGGAUGAGCUGGAACAUGAUGGAGUAAAAGAUGGAGAGAAAGAAGGGGCAGUAGAGAUGAAUGGAGAAGUCAGAUGAUGAUCAGCCCUUCAUCAUUCUGGUUUCUCAGCUUCUUUGUGAGCCAGUCACUCUUUUAAGUCUCUGGUCACCUUUUCUUAUAUAGUAUGGAUGAGUGUGGAAUUUCAGAUUCCCAAAGAGCAAGUAUUGGUGCUUUAUAUGCUGUCUUAAAGCAGGACUAGCUGUGCCCUCUUCAUCAGCACUGCCAAGGCAUGGCUCCAUAGUCUUCCUCACUAGCUUUAACUGACACUCGUUACAGUGUGAUGAAUAUCAUAUAUAAUAAUGCAUAUUAUUAUAAAUAAUAUUAUAAUAAUAUAUUAUCAUAUAUAAGAUGGUGACAUUUUGCAAUAAGGUUUUAUUUGUUAACAUUAGUUAACAUGAACUAACAAUGAACAAUGUUUAUUAAUCUUAGUUAAUGUUAAUCUCAGCAUUUUUAAGAUCAUUACAUUAGUUAAUGUACUGUGUUAAUUAGUAUUAGUUAAUUAGCAUUACAUUAGUUAAUUAGUUAAUGUACUGUGAACUAACAUUAACAUGGACAUUUUUAACUAACAUUAAAGGGUUAGUUCACCCAAAAAUGAAAAUUCUGUCAUUAAUUACUCACCCUCAUGUCGUUCCAAACUCGUAAGACCUUUGUUCAUCUUCGGAACACAAAUUAAGACAUUUUCAUGAAGCUUCGAAGCUUUACAAAUCUUUUGUUUUGAAUCAGUGGUUCGGAGCGUGUAUCAAACUGCCAAAAUCACGUGAUGUCAGUAAACGAGGCUUCACAAGUGUUUUGAAAUUUCAAUGGUUCACGUGACUUUGGCAGUUUGAUACAUGCUCCGAACCACUGAUUUAAAACAAAAGAUUCGUAAAGCUUCGAAGCUUCGUGAAACAAUGUUUUGAAAUCGCCCAUCACUAGAUAUUGUUGAAAGUUGUUAUUUUGUUUUUUUGGUGCACAAAAAGUAUUCUCGUCGCUUCAUAACGUAAAGGUUGAACCACUGUAGUCACAUGAACUAUUUUAAAUAUGUCUUUAGUACCUUUCUGGCCAUCUGGAAGUGUUAAUUAUCUUGCUGUCAAUGAAGGCCUCACUGAGCCAUUGGAUUUCAUCAAAAAUAUCUUAAUUUGUGUUUUGAAGAUGAAUGAAGGUCUUACGGGUGUGGAACGACAUGAGGAAUUAAUGACAGAAUUUUCAUUUUUGGGUGAACUGACCCUUUAACAUUAAUAUAUUAAUAAAUGCUGUAAAAAUAUAUAUUGCUCAUUGUUAGUUCAUGUUAGAUAAUGCAUUAACUAAUGUUAACAAAUGAGACCUUACUGUGAAGUGUUACCUAUAAUAUAACUAUUAUGGUAUUAUGAUAAUAUAUUAAAUAUAAAUAUUAUUUAUUAAAUACAUCAUUUCUGCUAUCUUGCUCAUUUGUUUACAUGAAUCUAAAAAAAAAAACAAGUUACACAUCCAUCAGUUAAAAAAAAAAACAGACAGAUUAAAACACAUUAUAGAGGAAAGUAUUCUUCUACAUCAAGCUCUGGAAUACAUUCAGGCUUUUAACGUCACAAUAGUCAGUAGAUCAGCCAUGCAGUAUGCUUCACAAAAAUAUCUGAUCAAUUAUCAUGAAAUAUCUCAUCGGUUCAGAUGUUUUCACCAUGUAAAACUGUUGCUCAACUAAACCACCGUGCACUAAGAUCUAUGCAAUAAUCUGGACUGGACUGGACUGACGUUACAUUUUGUGAUUCUCUUUGCUGGAAACAGAUUCAGUAUGUGUGAGUUGAUUCUCCUUAAGUUUCCUCUUGUUUCUUUGUAUUGGCUCUUUCAGUGUUGGAGAGUAGCAGUAAAACCCAAACUCAUGUGCCUACAGAUAUGCUGUAUACAGUGUCUUAGUUGCCUUAUAUUUUUCUCUGAAUAUUUUAAGUACCGUGCAUGAUUUGCUAUGUUAUAGACCAAUAAAUCCUGAAUCAUAUCUUUAGUACGGAUGAUGACAUAUAAUUUAUGUCUAGGAUGUUAAAUGGUGUGAUAUGAGGUUUUGGAAGCCAUACUAUAUCUGUCCUCAGGUGUUGAAAGGUUUGGUCAAGCUGAAAAAUAGAUACUGACAAUUUUGCUAUUACUUUUAGUUCAGUAUGUGGGUCAUUCUCAGGAAAAGGUGUUAUUUGUGCACUUUUUCUUUUUGAAAAAAAAAAAUUAAAAAUUAGUAAAUACAAAGUAUCAAAGUACAUAUACUAACUCUAAAGCGCUACAUUAUUUCAACCACGUUACAGCAAAUUGAUGUUCUUACAAUAGAGAACUGAGUAGAUUCUGUAUAUUUAGCAUUUAGUAUAGUUAUAACUCGGUGUCAUUGUGACUUGUAACAUUUAAAAACAUAACUAUAAUAAUAAUAUGUUUUGUCAGAAAAAGAAAAUGUCACAAGACAAUGGGUUGAACAGAGCGUGCAGAGACAAAUUCUACAUUUCUCAGAAAAUGUAUGAAGCCUUUUAGAAGAACUACAUGGUAAUUUCAAUAAAAUAAAGGUCUUUUUUUUUUUUUUUUACAGUAUAAUAGUGAUAAAUAGGGACCUGUAAAUUUCAAACCAACGUUAAACAUUAAAAUAGUUUUAUUUAAAAUAAAAACAAUAUAUUUUGCAUUACAAACAGUCAAAUUGAUUGUUUAAUGUGACUUAGUUUAAUAUCAGUAAUACGUCAUGGGGAGGCACACUAAUAACAUCACUUCCUAAGAAUGACCCACACACUAUCCCCCGUCCCCCCCCCCCCCCCCCCCCCCCCCAAAAUAUGUUUUUGGCUUAUUAUUCAAGAGGAAGAUUAUAAAAUAUAAAUGAUUAUUCAUUAUUUAUUUAUAUUAUUGUAUAAUGUAUAAUUAGGUUUUUAAACUAAAAUGAUGUUUAUGUUAGCAUAUUACUUGUAUUACUUUUAUUAUGUUUGUUAAAUACAUUUUUUUAUUACUUUUGUUUUAUUAUUACAUAUAAAUUAAUGAUCGAUUGCUGAAAAACAGUAUCUGUGUGAUGGAGGUUAAGGUUUGCUAUUAUUGCCUUUUUAAUUAAUGGAAAUGAAUCAUUCCAUAUUUUAUACUAUCCUCUAUAUGGUCAUUCAGAUGUUAUAUGUUGAUACAAUUUAUGAUUUAAUAUUUCUUGCCUUAAAUGUGGGCCAUUCUAAUAAAAUGUAUUAGUUUGUGCUGUAUACUAAAGAAAUGAGCUGACUGAUCUUGAGCUGAAUGUCUGGGAAUGUCUAGAAAUGAGAGUUUGUUUUUGGAAAUCUGGAGGACUAUGCAAGUCUUAUGUAACUGUACUCUGAUUUUAUGCUGGUUUUAAAUAAAAAAAACACACACACACCACACA